UGUUGUUAAGCGAAUCCCUGUAACUAACUAUGCUUUCUGCUGUUCCUACUGGUAUGUGCAACCCUUUCGCCACCAUUUGGGAUGGAGGCGAACUGCGCACGUGAUCCUUAUCGAUAAGCGGCACGACUGGCCGAGAGCUCAGAACUCCCCGCAUCCCAAUCAUUCCUUGACCUUUUUUUCUUUCCAAGAGACGGAGUUACGGGGAUACAUAGGUGUACCUUCGAGAUGUCCGACAGAGGCCUUCUUCGUAAAGACCAACUCGAGGUCAGUUUGCACAAUGAGAAGAAGCUCAUCAAAGAGGGGACACUUAAGGACGAUAACCCGCUAGAUCUGAGCGAGUCCUUCCGCGUCUUAUGCGAUGCCUGUCGGACAGGGGACUUGAAGGUAUGCCAGGAAAAGAUCUCAGAGGGCGUGAACAUCAAUGCCAGGGACCAGUUCGACUAUACGCCUCUGAUUUUGGCGAGUCUUUGUGGCCACUAUGAAGUCGCGCAGCUUCUGCUUGACUCUGGAGCAUUAUGCGAGCGCGAUACAUUCCAGGGUGAAAGAUGUUUAUAUAACGCGUUGAAUGACCGCAUACGAAAUCUCUUGUUGGAAUAUGACUAUUCCAAAUCGACCGACCCUCUUCAGCCUUUCGCGGCCCAUAUUUCUUCACUCCUGACCCGAGAACAUCCCCAGACGUCCGAUAUUGUUGUCAUGGCGGAUGACGAAUCUCUUUUCUUACAUAAAUUCAUCCUUGCAGCGCGGUCUCCGUACUUUAAGAGAAAGCUGGCUGUUGCACCCUCAACUUCGACGUGGAAACUACCGAAUAAGAUACCCCCACAGGCCUUUGCUGCAGCUAUCAAAUAUCUUUACCUAGGAGAACCGCCGCGCGAGCUGAGGAGCGGACCCGGCACGGGGUUCACUGAGUCAGAAGUGUUCGCUGGUAUAGACAAGGUCGCAAAACACCUGGAAAUCCAAGGUCUUGUUGACAGUAUUGUCGACAGUGGGAACAGAAGACUUGCCAGACAACGGAGAUCCGCGGAAGUUGCGAAAGGACGGGAUCAACUUGCGACAUGGUUCCGCGAGAAUAUCAUUGCAAAUAAGAUGGUAGUUGAGACAAGAAAGGUCAAUGAGGUGAAGUGGGAUCGCGACAAUGCCAUAUUUGCCGAUGUCUUGCUACGAGCCGAUGAAACGACACCCGAUGUAGAGGAGGAUGGACUUUCUGCCAGCCAGGAAGAUAGCGGCCAGAGUUCGAUCCCUGUCGAUCCUGGGGCUUCAUCAGCAGCUCCCAAUGAGCCUGUCCGGAAACAGAGAUCAGUAUUAUUUCCGGCCCAUCGAGCAAUGCUUCUCCGCUCAGAGUUCUUUCUCACAAUGUUCUCCUCGCCUUUCCGAGAAGCUCAAGUGACUGAGCAUUUGAACAUCAUUGAUAUUGACUGCUCACCCGAGGUCCUUGAGAUUGUGCUUACUUUCCUAUACACGGAAAAGGCGGACUUUGGACUUGAUGUGGCUGUCGAAGUUCUAUUCGCCGCUGAUCUUCUCUUCAUCGAAAAGUUGAAAGCCAAAGCUGCGGUUGUCAUUAGUUCGCUAGGAAGCGGCAACCUUUCCCAGGCUGAAGCAGCCAAGACGCGUGAAGCUGGGGAAGAAGAGAUCGAUAUUUAUGACAUUAUCCGCGCUGCUUGGCUCACCCGUGUUCAGAGACUGGAGGAGUUUGGAGCCCGUUACCUGGCGUACAGGCUCGAAGCACAUGUCGACUCCCCUGAAUUUGCUGAGCUGAUAAAGGAAUCUGCCAAUCGUAUCCAAAAGAGACAAGAGACUGAUUCCAUCGAGCUGCUCGACGAUAUUCGGUUCUACUUGAGCGAGCGGUUCAGGUUAAGAUUCGAUGAUGCUGGGCUCGAAGAGAUGAUGGAAGAAGAGACAGAGAAGGAAAUCGAAAACGCGAAUGCUGUGAGUGAAGGUAUCAAGGAUAUCACCAACGGAGUUGAUCAACUUGGCGUUGAGGCUGCGCCAGCAGCUCAAGCAGAACAGCAGAAACACACGCAUCCACAUGAACAUGUCCCUGUUAUAAGAACUCUAGAUGGCCAGAUUGCGGGAGACGAGUUCGAUAGUGAUGCAAUCAACUACCAGAUUCUCCUGGAUAAACUGGACAAGCUGUUGGAGAGACUGGGCCUGGACGCUUAAGACCCUUGGACUUCACAGCAAGCGGCGACUAGGGACUAUGUCUCUUCGUCUAUAGGACAUGUCAGCUAUGCGCUCGAAAUCCGUCCAUGAAUGGCCCCAAUCUUUUCUGGUGGCCAUUCUACAAUUUGACGGUGCUUAGACGGUGAGACCGUUCCAU